AUGCGCCGGGCGCUGACCUGCGGGGGAGUCCGGAGUCCUCCAAGUGCCCCCGGGGGUGGGGGAGCGGCCUCGGCCGCGCUCUCGGCUCGGGCAGCGCAACGCGGAAGUACCACCUUCGUCUCCGCUUCACUCCAUCGCGCCCUGACGUUGGGUGCGAGUUCAGGGGAGGGGAGUGGGCGAGACAACAACACGCCUCCGCCGCCGCCUCCUCCGCGUCGACGUCGUCCUCCUGUGGUGGCGGCGACACACGGCGGGCGCCUCGGAAGUGGCCUGGGCCUGACAACAACUCCCGGCCUAGGGCCUCGCGCACUCUGCCGCCCGCAGGGACGGGCGGCGGGGCGGGGCGAGGCGGGGGCGACCGGGCUGCGGCUCACGGUUGGGGCAGCGAGUGUGCGGGGCUGGGCGGGGGGCUGUUUCCGGGGAGAUAGGGGCGGGGGGGGGGAGUUUCUGAGCCUGUGGCGGUGGGUACGGGCCCUGACUUUCUUCUUCCUUCGCCGCCGCCGCGAACAGAGGUGGCGGAGGUCCCCUUUCCUCCGCUCCCCCCCCCCCCUCCACGAGGAGGCUCCUGGUGUGCGCGGCCGGCCCCGGCUCGCUCCUCCCCUUCCCUCUCCGAUUCUCGUCAGGAGGAGGGAGGGCGACGGGACUUGCUGGUUGGGCCCUAACCUCUACAACCCCUCCUUCUCGCCUCGCUCUUUCGGCCUUUCCCCUCGGCCCUGACGCAAGGCCGGGGGCGCGCACGCACGUCACGCUCCGAGAAAGCCGAAGCCAAACUGUGGAAAGAGCCAAAAUGUCCAUCGACAGAUGAAUGGAUAAAAG